GCUACGUCCCCUCUAGCUUCCAGCGCUAGGUACCGCCCAAAACAGGCGGGGCUCUCUGUUGCUAGGAGACCUCCGACAAACUGUUCAGGAACCGGAGCUGUAAUAAGAAGAAUCGCUACUUUGAAAUAACGCAGUCAUGCCUAAAAAAGCUGGGAAAAAAUCUAGCAAGCUGAGCCGCAUGAGUGAAGAGGAAAGAUUGCUUUACAUGCAGCAGAAAUUACUCGCAGAGGAGGAGCAGAGCAAGAAGAAAGAAGACAUGCUUAUGCAGUUUCUAAAGGAUAAACUUGCUAAAGAGGAGCAGAGCAGCAAAAUUAACUUGAGCAAGCUGAAUGUGCAGUGGCGCUCAGUGUUGCGGGAGGUGAAAACUAAAGAACUGCGCAAGGAUAUAGAGAUUCUCAGUCAGACCUUUGAAAGAGUUGUGGACUGCAAGGACAGCGUUAUCAAAGCCUUAGCACAGGAUGUCGAGGAAGCUGAAGAACAGUAUGCUCAUGCCCUGCGUGGCCACCUUCAGAACAUUGAUCAGCUGUUGGAGCUGCAGAGGGAGCGCCUUGCACUGUUGCAGGAAGAAUAUCAACAAGAGUUGGAUGCCAUACAGAAAGAAUUUGAAACAGAAAGGAAGAUGAUCAUCCAACAAAGAGAGACCGAAAUUACGUACCUGCAGAAUGUUUUAUUGGCCAUGGAACAGAAUACUACAGAGAGUGAAAAUGAGGCCAAACUGGAGUAUCAGAGCAUGAGAGAUGAAAUAAAAAACAAGAGUUUGGAGGAGAAGCAUGCCCUGCGUAUAUUGCUGGAAGGGACUGUGGAAGACCUUUGGAAGCAAUUUCAGAUGGCCCUCAAAAACUAUACAGACUCCACAGAGGACCGCAGGAUAAUGUUUGAAACCUUAAAAGCUAAAGAUGAGAAAAGUGCUGAAGAAAUUCAGAUGCAAAUGAAGAAACUCCAGAAAAUUCAGGAUUCUAUAACAACCCUUAAGAACCGGACUGCAGCACAUGCCCGAGAAAGUGAGGAACAGAAUCGAAGGCUGCGUGAGGAUAAGGAAGUGGUGCAUAAGCAGUUCCAGAAACUGAAAAGUCAAAUGAACCAAGCAAGAGCUUCAGAGCACAGUCACCUUUCAACCCUGACCAUGCAGAGCAAUGCUACCUUGAAGGAACUGCAGCGUAUUAUAGACAAGGGAGACUCCAUACUACGACUGGCAGAAAUGUGCCGCAAACUGGAGACUGAGGACGAGAAAGUGCUCCCAUUCUACCCAUCUUCCCUCAGUGACAAAGAGAGGGAGGAAGCAGAGAGGGCUAGCAUGGAGAAGCCAACAGAAGAGCUGGCACUGCUAAUGCAGGAUUAUAGUGCACUGGACCAGUUUUGGAAACGUUACAAUAAGGUUCUUCUGGAACGCUGGGCAUUAGAUCGUGAGAAAGUUGUUCUGACCCAUGACAACCAGAAACUGCGAUACUUGCUCAAGCAGUACUUAGAUGGCAUCUCUGUAAGCGAUGAGGUUUUGUCACAGCAAAAUCCAUUACUGAUCCUUAACAAUCGUAGCAACCUGCAACAGAAGCCUCUGCCAGUUCCUGUUACUGAUGCAAGAGUCCGGCGGCCUGUCCAUAACGUUAUUGAAGCUGCUCAUAUUGUCAGCCAGACAUUGUGAACAUUUCCUUGCCUUCUGUCAGCAUGCCACGUGCCUCUGUUCAGGAGAUGCCCAUUCAUGUGGGACUUCUCUAUUGGCAGUAUGUUCCAUUUCCUGAUUACCAAAUACACUCCCUAUACACCUCUAAAGAGAACGGAUUUUUUGUCAGGUGAGAUGAUACAAGUGAAUGAAGGGGACAGUAGGCCGCAGUUAUAAUAGGGGUUCUCUUCAUUUUAGGUACAUGAUGUUCCUUCACUGGAUGUGUGCAUCUAUAAAUAUAUGAGCUGGAGCUGCCUUCUCUAUAACCAGCAAUUAUGCCUUUUUUAUCCGUAAAAAGGUGACCAGGACAAAACCUAGUGAUGAGUGGGCCAUGAAAUCUAAUAUACAUUAUCGUCAUACUAUGUCACAAGGGCCCCAAAUGUUGUGCUUGUGCAAGGCCACAGAGGAACAACUGUCACUAAUAAUUAUACAGUUCAUCGCCAAUGCUGUCCUAAGGGUAAACACAAAAACAGCAGUGUGAUUGUAUUUCCCUUUAAGUACAUUUUUUAUUACGUGGUUUAUCUUAUAUUUUAUUUACUUUUUUAUUAUAAGAUAUGUCUUAGUAAUAGUGGAAUGCUCCUGAUAUCCAAGCUCUCACCUCCACUUUGUGCUCAAAUUUUACUAGUAAGUCUCUAAUACAAUAAUUAAAGGCCAUCACAUAAUCCAUAUAAUUAC